AUGGCUGCCCGCAAGGUCGCCGACCACACUCUUUACCACCUCAGUCCCAAGGGCUUCUGGAAGAAAUUCAGGGACGCGAUUGUUGUCGACCCGGAAAUCUCCAGCGGGCUGCCCAUCCAAGGUGUCCACCGUUUCCCGCCUCCCGCCUCGAGACCGGAGAGGUACGCCACGCCCGCAACCAAAGCGUCCGACCCCGCCCAGAACCCGUACUGGAAACGCGAUGUACGCCGCGCGUACCCUCAGCUCUCCGUGGUGACGCAGUCGGAGCUCUCGACUCUCAUGCUCGAGCACGCAAGGGCGCAGCAGGUUAUUGCUCCUCCGACCGAGGCAGAAGUCGCAGAAGGCGCUCCCGUUCCCACCGCCCAAACCUCGUUCGAUCUCACGGAGGCCAUUACGACCAUUGCCGCCGCCCGCAAGGCGUAUUCGACGUCACAGCUUCCUCCCUUGCCCCCGUCUGCUACGAAGUGGCAACCACAGCGUGCGGAGGACUCUCCCCAUGAUCCGACUGCCUACUUCCCUAUGAUCAUGGUCAAGUAG